CAACGUGGCGGGUCCCCAAACGGCCAUGAGUCAGCGCAUUUAUCUUGACUCAGCGGGGAUAUCUGACAGGGGCUCCAUAGUAUGGCCCUGUUCAACUUUAUUCCUCGCUUGACCCGUGGAUCAUUGUGUGAUCGGAUGCACCAGGAACAGCUUCCCGCUUACACAUCAACUGCGCCCUCCUUCAUGAUUGGUGUACCCUGGCGCUCUCAGCCCUGGUCCCAGCGGCAUUGCGAGAUCCGAAUCGCAAUUAUGCCCGGCCCAUCUGCUCCAGAUCAUCCUGAUACCAAGCCCCGGUACCCGAAUUGGAAACGGCAGAAGUCAAUCGGCCUUCCGUGAUGCUGGCAGACCUGUGGCUGUACCCUCUUCCUGACAACAUGCAUCCCUGUCAUAUAAGAACUGGGCUGCAAUGCUUUCCUCAACGGGAAUCAUCAUCGCAUGUCCACCCCUUACAUGCAUCUCGUCUUUGGUUCACAUCCUAGAUGGCUUCCGAUCAGAGGGGCCUAUGGCCCCAGGAUGAUGACCACCUUCUCCGUCAAAGUACACCAAACACCCUGGUCAGUCAGAAUGAGGAGGACACGGCUACCCCUUCAGUCGACUUGAUUGGCCCAGAAGAAAGGGAAACGCUCGUGCGCAUUGCCACCGCAGAUUCCGCGAGACGGCGCUCUAGUGUCUAUACCCAGCAUACUGCUACGGGGAAACGCGAUACCUUGGAGACGAUCCGGGAGGAUGAUCCCCGUCUUGAUCCCCAGACGGACAAGUUCGACCUGGGAAAAUGGCUGGCCUUUCGCCUUAGAGAGUUUCAGCGGGACGGUUCUCGUACAUUACGACCCGGCAUUGUGUUCAAGAACCUCACGAUCACAGGCACUGGGGCGGCGGUCCAGUUCCAAGAUACGGUGGGAUCGACCCUCUCGGCCCCCUUUCGUAUCGGCGACCUUCUUCGCAACCGUCACUCCCCGUCCAAGCGCAUUUUGAAUGAGUUCAACGGGCUGAUGAAAAGUGGAGAGCUUCUCCUUGUCCUCGGUCGCCCGGGGGCUGGCUGCAGUACUUUUCUAAAGUCUCUCUGUGGGCAGCUCGAUGGAUUGACCGUUGAUGAGAACAGUGUGAUUCAUUACAACGGCAUCCCUCAGCACCAAAUGAUCAGAGAGUUCAAAGGCGAAGUAGUGUACAAUCAAGAGGUGGAUAAGCACUUUCCUCACCUCACCGUCGGUCAGACCCUCGAAUUCGCGGCCGCCAUGCGCACCCCACAACAUCGAAUCAAGGAUAUGUCUCGGGACGAAUACGCCCAAUACCUCACCAAGGUUGUAAUGGCCAUCUUCGGGCUGAGCCACACAUAUAAUACCAAGGUCGGUAAUGAGUUCAUUCGGGGUGUCUCCGGUGGAGAACGCAAGCGCGUCAGUAUCGCGGAGAUGGCUCUCGCUGCAUCUCCCCUGGCCGCUUGGGAUAAUUCAACCCGCGGUCUGGACUCGGCCACAGCUUUGAAAUUUGUCGAGGCCCUCCGACUGUUUGCCGAUCUGACAGGCUCCGCCCAUGCGAUUGCGAUCUACCAAGCGAGUCAGAGCAUCUAUGACAUCUUUGACAAAGUGACGGUGUUUUACGAGGGCCGUCAGAUCUAUUUUGGCCCAACUUCCGAGGCCAAAACCUUCUUCGAGAGACAGGGGUGGGAAUGCCCCUUGAGGCAAACCACGGGCGAUUUUCUGACCUCGGUCACCAACCCCCAGGAGCGUCAGCCACGCGCUGGAAUGGAAGACCGGGUUCCUCGGACCCCCGACGAUUUCGAGGCCUAUUGGCGCAAGUCACCCGAGUAUCAAAAGGUGCUUGCCGACAUCGCCUCCUAUGAAAAACAGUAUCCUUUGCAUGAGGGCAAGCUGACCGACACCGAGUUCCACGAACGCAAGCGGGCUGCUCAAGCCAACCACACCCGGUCAGGGUCGCCAUUCUUGUUGAGCAUUCCCAUGCAGGUCCGGUUGAACACGAGACGCGCAUAUCAGCGACUGUGGAAUGAUAUCCAGACCGCUAUAUCCAAUGUCUCCGGACAGAUGAUCAUGGCCCUGAUUAUCGGCUCGGUUUACUACAACUCUCCUAAUGACACGGCCUCCUUUACCUCCAAAGGGGCCGCCCUCUUCUUCGCCGUCCUUCUCAAUGCGCUGGGAGCCAUGGCUGAGAUUAACCUGCUUUACGCUCAGCGACCUAUAGUGGAAAAGCAAGCAUCCUAUGCAUUCUAUCAUCCAGCCACGGAGGCAAUUGCGGGGAUUGUUAGCGAUAUCCCUGUGAAAUUUGCUCUCGCGGUUGUAUUCAACAUCAUCCUCUACUUCCUGGUCAAUCUGCGACGUGAACCCGCCCAAUUCUUCAUUUAUUUCUUGAUCUCGUUCAUAAUCAUGUUCGUCAUGAGCGCAGUCUUUCGAACCAUGGCCGCCAUAACCAAAACAGUCUCCCAGGCCAUGACCUUGGGAGGAGUUCUGAUUCUAGCUCUAGUGGUCUAUACCGGUUUUAUGCUUCCUGUGCCGUCCAUGCAUCCCUGGCUUGAAUGGAUCCAUUACAUCAACCCGAUCUACUAUGCGUUUGAGAUCUUGAUCGCCAACGAGUUCCAUGGCCGUGAAUUCCCAUGCUCUUCGUUCAUCCCAUCCUACGCGGACAUGGAUGGCUCUGCCUUUGUUUGUUCCGCUUCCGGAUCUACGGCGGGGAGCAAGUUCGUCAGCGGCGACGAGUAUAUUGCGCUCAACUUUCGAUACUAUUAUAGCCAUGUGUGGCGCAACUUUGGCAUCCUCAUUGCUUUCCUGAUUGGGUUCAUGGCCAUCUACUUCUUUGCGACGGAAUGGAACUCCUCCACAACCAGCACAGCUGAAGUUCUGGUCUUCCGCCGCAGCCAGAAACGCGCCUUGGAUUCCAACAACCCCAAACCAUCCGACAUCGAGAAUGGGGUCGAGCUGGGUACAGUCAAGCCAACUGCAACAGGCGAAAGGCCUGAAAAUCUGACGGCCCUUGCCCCUCAACAAGAUAUCUUCACAUGGCGAGACGUCAGCUAUGAUGUUGACAUCAAGGGCGAGACCAGACGGCUCCUGGAUCAUGUAUCGGGAUGGGUCAGGCCGGGCACCCUCACCGCGCUCAUGGGUGUCAGUGGCGCAGGCAAAACCACGCUUCUAGAUGUCCUAGCCCAUCGGACCUCCAUCGGGGUGAUUACGGGGGAUAUGUUUGUUAACGGCCGCGGCCUGGAUGCUAGUUUCCAGAGGAAAACUGGAUAUGUCCAGCAACAAGAUCUCCAUCUUGAGACGGCAACUGUCCGAGAGUCCUUGCAAUUCAGCGCUUUACUCCGCCAACCUGCGACCGUCUCUCUCAAGGAAAAGUAUGAUUAUGUCGAAGAGGUCAUCUCCAUGCUCAAGAUGGAGGACUUUGCUGAAGCCGUGGUCGGUGUUCCUGGGGAAGGACUGAAUGUCGAACAACGCAAGCUUUUAACCAUCGGCGUAGAGCUGGCUGCAAAGCCGAAGCUCCUCCUCUUCCUAGACGAGCCCACGAGUGGUCUGGACUCCCAGAGUUCGUGGGCCAUCUGCGCCUUCUUGCGCCGCUUGGCCGACAAUGGCCAGGCGGUCCUCUGCACCAUCCACCAGCCCAGUGCCGUUCUCUUCCAACAAUUCGAUCGCCUGUUGUUCCUUGCCCGCGGCGGCAAGACCGUCUACUUUGGACCCGUAGGCGAGAACUCUCGCACUCUGCUCGACUACUUCGAGACCAACGGCGCGCCACGCACCUGCGGUGAGGCCGAGAAUCCGGCUGAAUAUAUGCUCGAAGUCAUCAACAAGGGUUCGAACGCUCAUGGACAAGACUGGUUUGACGUCUGGAAGCAGAGCAAUGAAAGCCAGGCCGUCCAAGCAGAGAUCGAUCGCAUCCACGACCAACAGCAAAAGAAGGUCCCUGUCGAGAACGAGACCGAAGGGAGCCACGCCGAGUUUGCCAUGCCCUUCUGGUUUCAGCUCUACCAAGUCACCUAUCGCGUAUUCCAACAGUACUGGCGCUUGCCCUCGUAUGUCCUCGCUAAAUGGGGACUGGGAGUCUUUGGAGGUCUCUUCAUCGGCUUUUCCUUCUACCACGCCAAGUCCUCCCUCCAGGGCCUACAAACCGUCAUCUACUCCAUCUUCAUGCUCUGUUCUAUCUUCCCAUCAUUGGUGCAGCAGAUCAUGCCCCUGUUCAUCACCCAACGCGAUCUCUACGAAGUCCGCGAACGUCCCAGCAAAGCCUACUCCUGGAAAGCCUUUGUAUUGGCCAACAUCAUCGUCGAGAUCCCCUACCAGGUCAUUCUCGGCAUCAUCGUCUUCGCCUGCUACUACUUCCCCGUCGUGGGCAUCCAGGGCUCUGCCCAACAAGCCACCGUUCUCAUCCUAUGCAUCGAAUUAUUCAUCUACGCCAGCACCUUCGCCCAAAUGGUCAUCGCUGCCAUCCCGGACACCGUCACCGGAAGUGCCGUCGUCACGCUCCUAUUCGCCAUGUCCUUGACCUUCUGCGGUAUCAUGCAAUCGCCCUCUGCACUCCCCGGCUUCUGGAUCUUCAUGUACCGCGCCUCCCCAUUCACAUACUGGGCCUCAGCAAUGGUCUCCGUCCAAGUCCACGGACGCGCAGUCACCUGCUCCGACUCAGAGGUCUCAGUCCUCAGCCCACCCUCCGGUCAAACAUGUGGACAGUACCUGAACCAAUACGCCGAGCUAACCGGAGGAAACCUACUCAACCCGAACGCCACGGCCGACUGCAAAUACUGCUCCGUGAGCACUGCCGACGAAUUCAUCACCGCCUCCGGCAUCGAAUAUAACCAACACUGGCGCAACUUUGGAAUCUUCUGGGUCUACGUUGUGGUACAGGUUGCCGCGACCGCAGCAAUCUAUUACCUCUUCCGCGUUAAGAAUUGGAAAAAGGACGCAUCGAAGAAGAAGCAGGAGACGAAGAAGUAAUCUGCGAGCCCCUUGAUUGCGAUACCCGUUCUUUGCUGCUUGAUGCGCUUUUUUUUUUUUU